AUGAUGUCACUGAUUCUUUGCUGCUGCUGUUUGCUUGCACCUGCUGCUGUUUGCUUGCACUUUGAUGGGCUGCAAGAAUGGGCUAUACUUUUAGGGCCUUCUUUACAUCUUGCAGCCAUCUUCAACAAAUGCGGAGAAAUAGCCGUGUAUAGGAAUGACUCAAGAGUGAAUUAUUUGAAGGAAAAGUGUGGAGGGGUUAUUACAGUGUCCUACAAUGAUGAAGGUUCGAGUCGUGGUGGUAGAAUCAUUGAUAAAUUGGGAAAGGGGUUGAUGCUUAACUGGACAGCUUAUAAUUGCACAGACUGUUUAACAUCUGGAGGGCAGUGUGGAUUUGAUGACAGAUACUCUCAGUUCAAUUGUUACUGUCCUGAUAGAACUCAUGCUCUUCAUUGUGUUGUUCCAUUUUCCCAAACAUACAAGAAGAAGUCAGGACUUAUUCUAGGUAAUCAACUGAGUUCAUUCAAACUCCAUUCUAUAUGUUGGUGGGAAACUAGGAAUAUUUACUUUACCAAUAUUUGUCUAGAUUUUCUGAUGUCAAAUUGUCGGACACAGUCUAUUUUUGCUUACCAGUAA